AUGGCGCCACCAGCACCGCCACCCCAUGUCGAAAACAAAAAGCCGCCGGGCCCCGCCCCGCAGCGUGCCGCCGACGCCCACCACGGCCGGACGUUCGACCCCUGGCACUCGGUCGGGGCGGGCCACCAGCGCGCCGAGAGCAGCGGCGUGCGCGGCUGGCGCGAGUCGCGCAACGCGAAGCUGCGCGGCCAGUUUGCGGCGGGCUACUCGGGCGGCGAGCGCAUGUCCGACGCCGUCGGCGCCGGGUCCGAGGACUUUGACGAGCGGCGAGGCGUCGUCGUCCCGCGGCAUGUGCGGGCCAGCGCCGCGAAUAGCGUCGCUGAUAUGCUGAGGGGGCAGGCCACCGGCAGCAACAGCAGCAGCAGUAGUAGUAGGAGUGGCACCUCCUCCUCUUCCUCUACGGCGGGUUCGUCGUCGGGUGAGGCUCAAGCUGCCGGCGCAGGCGGGACGACGGAGGGCGCAUGCGGGGCCGAGGACCCGGCGGCGUCCCAAAGGAGGAAGAUCUUCGAUGGCCUGGUAGUGUACGUGAACGGCAGCACGCACCCCGCCGUCUCGGAUCACCGGCUGAAGCACGUCCUGACCGAGAACGGGGCGCGCAUGUCGCUGCACCUUGGUCGCAGGCAGGUCACGCACGUCAUCCUAGGCAGGCCGGCCAGUUCCGGCGGCGGCGCCGGGGGCGGCCUUGCGGGCGGCAAGCUGGAGAAGGAGAUCCGGCGGGUCGGCGGCUGCGGCGUGAAGUAUGUCGACGUUGAAUGGGUCCUCGAGAGCAUCAAGGCUGGCAAGCGGCUGCCUGAAGCUAGGUUUUCCAACUUGAAGGUGGCGAUGAAAGGCCAGCGGAGCGUCUACGGCCCCUUCUCAAAGGCCCAAGACAAGGAUCCGGCUGUCUCGAGGGUUGUUUCUGGGCUCUAG